GAACAGCCGGGCCUUAGGAAAUCUUUGCACAUCAGGAAGCCAAAUCUAAAGUACUAACUAAUUGUGUAGACACUGCACUACUUCCAUAAUGUGAUGUAUUUUAAAAGCAUGAUGUUGGGGAACCAAGUUCUUUCAAAGAUAGAGGAGAUGCUAAGUGAGUGGUUCCAAUGUAGGAGGCAUCUGCCUUGAAGAAGAAUGACACAUGGGAUUUCGUUCCAUUACUUGUAGGAGUGAAGUUGAUUUCUUGCAAAUGGGUGUACAAGAUGAAGGGAAAGAGUGAUGGUUCAGCAGAGACGUACAAGGGGAGGGUUGUUGGCAAUAUCUAUAGGGUCCUCGAAUCGGCUUUAAGAGAACAAAUGGAUGGAUUUAUUAAAUGUCCAGCAUGCAAUGGCAGCGGUAUGACUUCGAAUGCAACUGACCUUCUCUCUAAGAAUUGCCAUUCAUUAAAUGGUCGACCAUGUUGGUUUUGUGAAGGGCAUGGAGUUCUGCCGCUAACUGGCCUCAGGGGAUUUGUAGUUGUUAGAACAGCAUCUUACUCACAAACCCAUAAUUGGCCACCAACCAGAACUGAUGGAUUCUCCUCCAUUGUUUCAUUCUCCAAGUCCUGUAUUCAUAAAAUACAUGAUUGCACAUCUAUAAAAUUUCGGCCGUGUUUGGGUGCAAAAUGGUAUCUGUUCAGCAUUUCUGAGCAUCCCUCUUGGCUCGCAGAUGCUCGACAUGGUGUGGUGCAACAAGCUGUUUAUGCCAAUGAAACAGAGUCCCAAGAGGAAGUGUUGUUUGGACAUCACAAGCUGUUUAGAGCAUUUCAUUCGGCUGUUCUGCUGAUUUCUUUGCUUGCUUCUGCAAGUUCAAGCCAGGCCGCAGAUGCUCUAGUCAGUUCUUAUAACCAUUCGCCCGGCGCUGAAAGAAUUGAGAAUGCAGAUAAUGGAUUUAACCAGUCAGAUGCUGUAUUUCAAUUUGCAAUCAAUCUCCAGACCCAACCAGUGGCCACAUCCAGACCAAAAAUCUCAGAUUGGGGUGUUCAUAACUUAAUAAUCCAUGGCCCAUUUUUGGACAGCGAAAAAGUCUGUAGCAAUGGGAAGGAACUUGGUAGCUGUAGGAAGCCAUGCAGGCGCACCCAAAAACGUAGGAAUCGUCUACGGGAGAAGGCGUUAGAAGAGGCAGAAGUCAGAGCAAGGAGCAUACUCAUGGGCUUAGUUCCGAGAGGACCUGAAUCAUAUCACUAACCACAAUAGCUGAUGUUUCUCUUUUGCUUUCGCUUUGCCAUCAAGUCGACGUUCUUUUGAGGGCUGUCCGAGGAGAGAAACUUAGCAACUAAAGUUCGUUUUUGUUCCCAAGCAUGGUCUGCUUUGAUGUGUGUGUGAUAUCUACUCUGUCCAUCAACUGUGCCAGCUCCUGUUAGGACAUGAGACUGAAACUCGGGUUGAUUUGAAACUCAAGUGGGACACACAACAGGGAACAGCGGGAAUUAGGACACCCACCUAGAAUCUUUCUGGGGCCCAUCAAAGUGAUUACAAUUAGGAUGAAGGUAGAAACCAAAUAUAGGAUUGAUCAAGAACUUCUGUGAGCCCUAGAAAGGUUCCAACGAUUUGCGUCUUCAUCCCGACUGUUCUGUCUAGUGUCACCCACUUGAGUUUAGGAUCAGCUUAUUUUUGGGCUCACGCCCUAACAUGAUCUAUCACAAAUGAUGGACGGAGUGGAUGUCACACACAUCAUGGUGAACCCCACGGAGCAUUUUGUUCCACGCCCUUGUAAUCCGAGAGGUGGACAUGUAAGUAGUGGCGAGUCGGCCUGUCAUUGAUCAUGGUAUUAUAUCAUUAUCU